AGCUUCUCAGCAGACCAUCUACUCUUCUACAGACACCGCAAACAUCAAGACAUCUUGUGUACAUCAUGUUUAGUGACUUCUCUACCCUUGAGCCCUCGGGACCCCAGCGUGGCCGUAUGACCUUAGCCAAAUCAAACUCACAUGAGUCUAAAACACUUGAGUUUGAGCCUUUCAAAGGAGCCCAACCAAGAGCACCCACAACACAAGCUCUCUCUGUACUGGGUGUUGAUAUGUAUAUGACAGACAACAAGAAAGCGCACAACACCAGCAAGUACAAGAACAGCAACCUCAUUGUGCGCAGGAAUCAAGAAUUCAUCAUGAUCAUCAGCUUUAACCGACCCUUGAAUGACCAGCAGGACAAUGUGCAUUUGGAGUUCAUGAUUGGCGAUGCACCUGAUGAAUACAAGGACACCUACAUCAUCGUGUCCAUUGGAAAAGAGAAUCGUGAUGGAAACUGGAGUGGUCGCGUGAUUGGCAUGCAAGGCAAUGAAGUGAUGGUGGGCAUAACAACUGACGCCAGCUGCAUCAUUGGCCGAUUCCGCACCUUUGUAGCAGUAAUCACUGAUUUUGGAAGACAGCGCACUCCGAGGAACCCUGACACUGAUUUCUAUGUUCUGUUCAAUCCUUGGGACCCUAAGGAUGUGGUGUAUAUGGCCAAAGAUACUGACAGACAGGAGUAUGUGAUGAAUGAUGUGGGGAUCAUCUACAAUGGAGAUUUCAACAACAUAACCUCCCGUGCCUGGAACUUUGGGCAGUUUGAAAAGGGGGUUCUGGAUGCCUGUCUUUUGGUUCUGGAUGCUGGGAAAGUACCGCUGCUGUACCGUGGAAAUGCCAUCGAAGUAGUUCGGCAGGGAUCCGCCCUGAUUAACUCUCAGGAUGAUGAUGGUGUCCUGGUUGGCAACUGGAGUGGUGAUUACUCCACAGGGACAGCACCCACUGCCUGGACCGGAAGCCCUGAGAUCCUGCUCAAAUAUGCCAGAGACGGUUGUGUGCCUGUGUGCUUUGCACAGUGCUGGGUGUUUGCUGGUGUGCUGAACACGUUCGUCCGAUGUCUCGGGAUCCCCGGACGAGUCAUCUCCAAUUACUGCUCUGCUCACGACAACACAGGCAACCUGAAGACUGACAUUAUACUGGAUGAAGAUGGGAGAGUGAACAGAAGCCGAACGAAAGAUUCGGUCUGGAACUACCACAGCUGGAAUGAGGUGUACAUGAAGAGGCCUGAUCUGCCUGAAAAGUUCUCUGGCUGGCAAGUGAUCGACUGCACCCCUCAGGAGACCAGUGAUGGUCUUUAUCGAUGUGGCCCAACGUCCGUCAAUGCCAUCAAAGAGGGAGAGCUCAGCUAUCCGUUUGAUGCAAGGUUUGUCUUUGCGGAGCUGAACAGUGAUGUGGUCUACCAUCAGUCUGAUAAGUACGGAAACACAAAGAUCGUCUUUGUGGACACCACGUAUGUUGGAAAGCUCCUUAUCACCAAAAGUGUGAACAGUAAUGCUUAUGAGGACAUCACUUCUGCCUAUAAACAUCCAGAAGGCAGUGACAAGGAUAAGCAGGCCAUGCAGAUGGCAGAGAAUCGUGGUGUCCCUUCCAGGAAUUACACAAAACCCCCAGAAUCAGGUGUGGACAUCGAGCUCCAGGCUGGCACCAUCAAAAUUGGUGACAACUUCAAGCUGACGCUGAACAUUAAGAACCAGACCAGCCAAACCUGCACCCUCAGCGCCAUCAUCACUGGCUGUGUGGUGUAUUACACAGGCAUAACCAGCUCCAUCUUUAAGCUUGACAACAAAGCUGCAACUGUAGGUCCCUGGAAAACCUCCAGUGUGGUGAUCGAUGUCACAGCUUCAGAGUACAUGCCUUACCGGGUGGAACAGUCCAACCUGCUCUUUGUGGUGUAUGGAAGCAUUGAGGAAACCGACAAGACCCUUUCGACAAUGAGAGUUGUCAGCCUCCUGCCUCCAGACCUCACUAUUAAGGUGACUGGAACACCCCGGUUCGGAAGAGAUUUCAUGGUCACCGUGUCAUUCCAAAAUCCCUUUGACUUCAUCCUGAAAAACAUUCAGCUCCGCCUAGAAAGCCCUGGUCUGAUAACAACCAAAAUGAAAACAUACGAUCACAUUGCCCCUGGUGGAUCACUGCAGUAUACAGAGAUGAUCACCCCUCAGCAUCCCGGGAAGAAGAUGCUGAUAGCGUGCCUGGACUGCCCUACAGUGAGGCAGGUCACCAGUCAGCUGGAAAUCUUUGUGCAGUAAUGGUUAACUGAUUACCACGAGGGAACCAGGAUGAAUCAGAAGGGUUACAAUUACCAUUUUGUUGAAUUGCUUUGCGUUCUUCACAAAUUUUAUCAAAAUGCAAGCUAACGUUAUUUUUUUUUUUUCUUUACUAAACACCCACACCUUCCAACAUUGGAUUGUUAAAAAUAUGAUGAUUUUUGAUUGGUACAAAAUUACUGAUACCGGGGAAUACAAGCAUUUUAAGCAAAAACUUGUAAACUCAUUUAACUGUGCAAAAUACACACAAUCAAACAUUAAAUACAUAUCCAGCAUGCACAGUCUCCCACAACCUGGAGUUCUGAUAUGUUCUGCUUAGCAAAGUGUGGAUGCAAGAAUGUCAUAAAUUGGGAGUGGGAGGAAGAGUGGAAAAAACUGGAGAACCCCAUAAUAUCAGGAGUGUUGGCAGGUAUGCACUUGAUGCAGAAUGUAUUUGUGGGUGUGCAAUAUGUUCAAUGUUCAGAGGAAAAUAAGAUCAACAAUUACCGGAAACAGCAACCUGAGAAGUACAUGUAAGUGUACUCAUGCACACAAAAAGUCUGAGUGUGCAAGCGACUGAAAGCUAUGAAAUACAAUAAAGGUUUAUUAAAAUUUAAGAAGAUAAUAUGAAUGAUUUUCUAAAAUUGCACAUGAAACACUGGUUUUGGUUGGGUACCUUAACAUAACUGUAUUAAUUAGACUGUAUUAAUCAGAAUAUAUUGCGUAUUUUCUCCGCUACAAUGCCACUGACUGUAUUUUACUAACACAACAAUAAACUUUCAGCACAAAAGCAUA